UGUUCUGUACGCCACUCGAAUAAAAAAAGGAAGAAAAAAAGGGGGCAGGCUGUGUGUAUACAAGUCGGUGCUCUCAUUCAUGCGGAGUUUCUAGCAGUCCCCGUCGCCAGCGACACGUCUUCCUCGGAACAGAGAGCUCUCUCACACUAAUUGGAAGGGUUGUGACCCUGUUCAGAAGCAGCCAACAUGGCAGAAGCUCACCAGGCGGUGGCCUUUCAGUUCACCGUCUCCCCCGAUGGCAUCGACCUCCAGCUGUGCCACGAGGCGCUGCGCCAGAUCUACCUCUCUGGCCUCCACUCGUGGAAGAAAAGGUUCAUUCGCUUCAAGAAUGGGGUGAUGACUGGUGUGUACCCAGGCAGCCCGGGUGGGUUCAUGGUAGUGGUUGUGUCCUACAUGUCCUACAAUAGGUAUCAACAGCUGGAUCCCUCUAUGGGCUUGAUUGCCAAGCUGGGUCAACACAUGCCCAUCAGUCGAUACAUGUCCACGGACAGCCAGAAGAUAGUCGGAGGCGUUCUGGUGGGCACGGGCCUGUGGGUCUCCAUAAUCAUGGUUAUGAGGAGUGUCCUAAAGUCCCUGUUGUCGUGGCAUGGCUGGAUGCACACAAGCCACGGCUCUGUGUCCUGGUCCACCCGUCUGUGGAUGUUAUUAGUGAAGGUCUUCUCUGGCAGGAAGCCAAUGCUCUACAGUUUCCAGAAUUCCCUGCCGCGACUUCCUGUUCCCACUAUCAAGGACACCUGCAGAAGGUACCUGGAGUCAGUGCGUCCACUGAUGGACGAUGAGCGGUACGAGCGGAUGGAGGGCUUGACCAAAGACUUUGAGAAGAAUCUGGGACCCAGACUGCAGUGGUACCUCAAACUCAAGUCCUGGUGGGCCUCCAACUACGUCAGCGAUUGGUGGGAAGAGUACAUUUACCUUCGCGGCCGUGGGCCCAUCAUGGUCAACAGCAACUAUUAUGCCAUGGAUUUCCUGUACGUGUUCCCCACCUCUAUCCAGGCGGCCCGAGCGGGUAACGCCAUCCAUGCCAUCAUGCUCUACAGGAGAAAACUGGACAGAGCCCAGAUCAAACCAAUUUACUUGCUGGCGAACAAGGUUCCUCUGUGUUCGGCUCAGUGGGAGCCGAUGUUUAACACCACCCGCCUUCCUGGUUCGGAGACAGACAUCCUCCAGCACGUGAACGACAGCAAACACAUCGCCGUGUACCACAAGGGCCGUUUCUUCAAGGUGUGGAUGUUUUACGACGGGCGGUUGCUGUUGCCACGAGAGAUCGAGCAGCAGAUGGCCAGGAUCUUGGCCGACAACACUGAGCCAUUGCCGGGAGAGGAGAAACUCUCUGCACUCACAGCAGGGGACAGGACCCCAUGGGCCAACGCCAGAGAAACCUACUUCAGCCGUGGUAGGAACAAGCAAUCUCUGGACGCCAUCGAGAAGGCGGCCUUUUGUGUCACCCUGGAUGACACCGAGCAGAGUUUUGAAAAGGACAACCCGGUCCAGUCUCUGGUCAGCUACGCAAAGUCCCUCCUCCACGGAAAGUGCUACGACAGAUGGUUCGAUAAAUCCUUUAACCUGAUCGUUUUUAAGAACGGCACCAUGGGGCUGAAUGCGGAGCAUUCCUGGGCGGAUGCUCCAAUCAUCGGACAUCUCUGGGAGCAUGUUCUCUCCAUGGACCCCGUUAAGUUGGGAUACACCGAGGAGGGUCACUGCCACGGGGAGCCCCAUCCCAACCUGCCAGGUCCUCAGAAGCUGUUGUGGGACAUCCCUGCUGAGUGCCAGGAGGUCAUCCAGAGCUCUCUGAACGUCGCCAGGACUCUGGCUGAAGAUGUGGACUCUCACAUCAUCCCCUUCAGCGACUUUGGCAAAGGUCUGAUAAAGAAGUGCCGCAUCAGUCCGGAUGCCUUCAUCCAGAUCGCCCUGCAGCUGGCCCACUACAGGGACAAGAAGAAGUUCUGCCUGACCUACGAGGCCUCCAUGACGCGCCUGUUCCGCGAGGGCCGGACAGAGACCGUGCGCUCCUGCACGUCAGAGACGUGUGCCUUUGUCCGCGCCAUGAUCAAAGAAGAGACCAGAGACGAGUGUCUCAGAUUGCUCAAACUGGCCGCGGAGAAGCACCAAAACCUGUACCGCCUGGCAAUGACCGGAGAGGGCAUCGAUCGCCACCUUUUCUGCCUCUACGUGGUGUCCAAAUACCUCGGCGAAGACUCUCCCUUCCUCAAGGAGGUCCUUUCUGACCCGUGGCGGCUGUCCACCAGUCAGACGCCCCUGCAGCAAGUGGAACUGUUCGAUCUGGUCCGACACCCCGAGUAUGUGUCCGCAGGAGGAGGAUUCGGUCCAGUGGCUGAUGAUGGUUAUGGCGUCUCUUACAUCAUCCUUGGGGAGAACCUAAUCAACUUCCACAUCUCCAGCAAACACUCAAGCCCCGAAACUGACUCUCACCGCUUCGGGGGCAACAUCCGACAGGCCAUGCUCGACAUGAAGGCUCUCUUCCAGCCUGAAAAGAAAACCAAGUGAAAACCACGCUCUCCAUGGGUGGACAUGACAUGACAGAAGUAGUUUUUAGCAAGGAAUCUAUUCUUUCUGAGGUUUGUACAGAAUCAAAUAUUGGAUUUGGGGUUAAUUGAUGUUUCAGAAUUAAGAAUGGGUGAAGUUUUUUUGUCAAUUUGUUUGCGAUGCAGUUAGGAGCACUGUGUGUAUGGGCAAAGGUGAGCUGCUGGUGUUAUUGGGCACAGGUAGUGCAUCGAUAAAGAUUUGUAUUCACCGGACGGUUCUCAUGGGUGCCUUAGUGACCCAUUAUUGUAGAAAGGGAAGGGGGUAAUGGAACAUUAGCAUCAUCCAUCAUUGAAAUCGCAUUCUCAAGGUGCGAGGUGGUGUAAUACUUUUUACUAGUUUCUGCCCCAGUUUUGAAAAUCCUAUUAAAUAUUAUAAUUUUCUUUUAGUUCGGUUUCUUCUUUCCAAUUGCAGCUUGUGUUAAUGGCCAAGCAGCAAAUGUGAUAUUAAAUAUCAUCAACAAAUUGCAUGCCGUCUAUUCAUUUAAUAUGGCUCCAUUUUAAACAGAGUCCGAUUCACCGGAGGAGUUGUUGAUGUUGUUGUUGUUGUUGAGGAGCACUUGUAUCUGCUAACGUUAUACCUGCGGAGGCCAGAAGGAGUUAAACAGUUGAUCGGCAUCAAUGAGAAUUCCCAAUAUUCAGCUGUUGAUCUUGAACGUGACUGUGUGACCUGGAUACCAACCAAGACGACAGGGAGAUGAUCAAAGGAUCAGGAAGCGGCUGUGAUCUUAGGAUGUGGCGUAAAAGGCACAUCGUGUUCGUCAUGCUCGUACUCAGGUUUUAUUUUUAACAGUAGAGGAUGCAGUACCAUGCCGCGGGACCCCCCAUGUGCUGGUGGAGGAUGGGGCGGAGAGGAUGGGGGGGGGGGCGGGGGUUCUGGGGCAAUUGACGGCAAAGUGCUCGGUCUUUUUUUUUUUUUUUCUCUCCAGUUUUCCUGUGUUUUAAAAAGAAGAGUGGUCUAACAGUGCGUACUUUAAACUCCAUUGUGCACUCCACGACUAGUCCUUUAGUUCAAACUAACCAAUUCCCAAUACAUUGGUAGCCUAUUGUCAGAUCAACAUGAAUUGUAAACUUAUUUAUAACACUUUAUGAGCAAAUAGUUGGUCAGUAACGACAUUGGUUGUUUCAACUGUCAAUGAGGGGCAGCGUUGCUUACUAGCUCGUGUUGUCUUCAGUAAAGUACGAUUUUUAACACGUAAGCAGUGCAAGUAUAGAAAGGCCGUCAUGUAGGAAUGUGUUUUCUUUUAUGUAUAUGAUGCCAGUUCAUAUUUAUUUUCACUGUUUUAACUUUAUUAAAACAAAACAAAAUGCAUAUUUAUCAACUGAAUGUGGCACCAAUUUAAGCUGAAAAGACAAUAUAAUAGGGUUUAAAUAGGGUUUCUUUCAGUUUUAUUCUCAGACUUUGCAGUUAUGCUGAAGUUGUUUAACUCUCAGUGGAUUUCAUGUUGACACGGCAUGUUUUUUUUGUUUUUUUGAAGAUGAAGCUGUAUAUGUUUGCCUUUUAAUUCAAAGAUGGUGUAAAAUGACAAGCAGCUGAUAUACCAAAACUGAGUUUUAACAAUAAAGUGAAUGUCCGACAGCUGUA